GCUAACUCGAGAACCAGUUUACAACUCUCAAUCCCAAAAUUUCUCCGCCCCGCUCUGGUUCAGAAGCUCGUUAGGGCUUUCCGAAAUCGUCGUCUUCGAGUUCCGGUGAUCGGAGAUAAGUUCGAUCGAAUACGCAGAGAAAGAUCUUUUGCUGAUAACGUUGUCGAUGGAUUGGGGAAACGUGACGACGGAGGAUCUCAUCGACGCCCUUCGAGAGGUUGAUUGGUCUACGCCUCCACGUCCUUUCACCGAAUUCUUCUCCAGAUUCACCGUCCCCAGAUCCUCCUCUAAAUGGGAUAGCCGGUUGAAGUGCAACCUCUACUACUACAGGACGAAUUACUUCAUAAUGAUGGUCUUCAUUCUUGGGAUUGGAUUUAUACGAAAGCCAUUUGCUAUUGUUGCUGCUGUUUUGACCGCCUUGUCUAUUGCCUUCUUGAAUGAUAGUUUUGCAGUUACUUUUAACGAGAAAGUAACCAGGACUGUGAGACGAUUCUCUCCUCAACUGGCUGCAAAAAUGAGGCCACCAAUAGCUCCGGUUAUUCGAGGACGCCCAUCUUCAAAAAGAGCAAUUCAUAUAUGCGGGCGCCCUCGUUGGGUGUUUGUCCUGAUAUUUUCUGCAGCUAGUUGCAUCUUGUGGUUCACUUCUUGUAACCUUCUUACUGUACUCUGGGCACUUCUUAUUGGUCUUCUAGCAAUAAUACUUCAUGCCAGCUUUAGAACACCAAAUUUGAAAGCCCGUCUGAAUACCUUUCGUGAGGAGUUUCGUGCAGUGUGGCGCAAUUACAGCGAGUUGUAACUGUUUCACUUCUGUUUUUCCGAUGAAAGGGGUCGAAUCUCGUGAAGGUAGGUGGUUGGUUUGAUGUUUCUGUGGAAAUAAAACUUUAUGAAGAAUUAGGGUGCAAUUAGUGUCAGAUUUAUUCUGUCCAAUAUAUGCCAUUCCAAUAUUCCCCCUUUGUUAUAGCCAAAUGCAUCCUUUGUUUGUAAUGCGAUUUGAGAGCGUUUGCUUGAAAUAUGAAGAUUGUUUAGGAUUGAUAGCUGAUAA